UGCCCACCCUCGCGUCCUCGUGGAGAGCUCGCAGGAACAUGGCGGGUGAGCAUGGUGUUGUGUACGGCGCGGCCGCGAUUGUCCCUUGCAAUGGCGCGGCACGGCGACCACGGCUGCUCUAAACGCGAGCCGUUUUACAGGAAUGCCGGACGACGGUGAUGGCCUCGUGCCGGAUCAGAGGCCCCCAUUGGGUGAAGCAGACUCCCUGAAUACAGAGAACGAAGAGCUCAGCCGCUGGAGCCACUUCUCCCUUGCCAUGUUGGCAGCAGAGCAAGAAGCGGCUUCGGCCGAACAGCGUGGAGAGGACUGUGAAGACGACGAUGACUCUUCUGCCCGGCGUCUCGAGCUUGAAGAGCCAGACCCAGUUACAAAGCUUGAGCGCUACGCUUACAGCGAUAUCGUCUUCAAUCGACAGCUCGUGGCCCGGAAUAUUGUGGACACCUUGCGUGUUUCCCUUGAUUCUCAAGAUGCUGUCAGUGCAGUGCUGUCAGCCCUUUCCUCCAUCUCUAUGGACUGUGAACCAAGUGUACGGACAGAACUGGUGGAACAGCUUCCCAACAUUGCCAGUUUUUGUGCCAGUGAAGGUGGACUGCUGGAAAAUGUUGUUAAAGAGCAUGUGGUUUCAAUCUUGGUGCAAUACCUUACAGAUGUUGCCAACCAGGUCAGAAAAAGGACGCAAGUGUCCCUGUUGUUCAUUUUAGAACGAGGAUUGAUAGAUCGCAAGCAGCUAGAAGAACAGAUAUGCAGUCUGGUCGUGCAUCUCACCGAAAGUGAAAACAUGGAUGACUAUCGCAUGGAAGCAGUGACAUUGAUGACAAAAAUGGCACCCUAUAUUGGAAAAGAAACAACUGCUGCAUUGUUUCUCCCACGUUUUGUCAGCCUAUGUCAAGACUCUUCCUUCCACAUACGAAAGGUGUGUGCUGCAAACUUCGGAGACUUUUGCAGCAUUGUGGGGCAGGAGUGUACAGAAGACAACCUUAAUGUGUUUCAGAUGUUAUGUGAAGACUGCGUCUGGGGGGUGCGCAAGGCCUGUGCUGAGGUUUUUAUGCCAGUCUCUUGUGUCUGCUCCCUGGCUACACGUCGUAAUAGCCUGGCACCACUUUUUCUUAGCCUGCUGGAUGACCAGUCACGAUGGGUUCGGAUAGCUGCCUUCCAAGCUCUGGGUCCAUUCAUCUCGACAUUUGCUGACCCACUGCGCACAGGGCUCUACUGCAGUGAGGAUGGGGUGGUUAGUGUGCGAACACCAGAAUGUCGGUCAGAUGAUUUUAUUGAGGGAGAGGCACCCAGCCCAGCAGACGCCCCUGCAUUGCCCUUGCCUUUGGAGAAGCCUGGUCUUCGGGAAAGCAUCCAUACCAGUGAUUUGCCUCCUGCCAGUACUGUUGUGGUUCCAGCUACAGAUCCAGUGCGCUGUGGCGAGGUGGCUGCAGUGGAUGAAGAUGAAGUGGCUUCUGCGCUGCUAGAGAAAGGAGAGCAGCAGACAGUGUGUGAAGAUGACAAGGGGGAGCCCUGCCGUGCCAACUCCUGUAUGGCCACUGCAGAGGGUACUCUUGGCCCUAAGAGCAGCCCUCCCAUUGUGGUUGUCCCUGAUAAGCCACAAGACAUUGCUACAGGCUGCAGUGCAGAAGCAGUGGCAGACUCCAUCUCAGCUGCACAAGGAUCGUCUGAAGGAAACAAGCCUCAAGAAGAUGUUGCACAAGGAUUGUUUGAAGGAAACAAGCUUCAAAAAGAUGUUGCACAAGGAUUGUUUGAAGGAAACAAGCUUCAAAAAGAUGUUGCACAAGGAUUGUUUGAAGGAAAUGAGCUUCAAAAAGAUGUUGCACAAGGAUUGUUUGAAGGAAACGAGCCUCAAAAAACUGUUGCACAAGGAUUGUUCGAAGGAAACGAGCCUCAAAAAACUGUUGCACAAGGAUUGUUCGAAGGAAACGAGCCUCAAAAAGAUGUAUCAGGGGAGCUAAAAGAGCGCACUCAGAACUUUGGGAAUAAGGAGCCUCUGUCUGUUGAAGGAGACAGGCAUAGGCUAGUUCUUCAUCUGGAUUCUGGAGCAGAGAGCAACUUCAACACAUUCCAGUUCUGGCGAGUGCCUAUUCCAGAGGUGGAAGUGGACAUUGAGUUUUUAGGAGAUCGGGCUACAGCUGUCCAUGUCAGGGCGAAGUCUCAGGACCAAGACAACCGUUGUUUCUCUUCUGACCUGAGUGUUGAAGUGAUAGGUGGGGAUUUCCAGCAGAGUGCUACCAUGGCUGUCUCAUCUGCAGGCCAAGACGGCACAGUUCCUAAUGAAAGGCUCUCUGGUGAUUCAACUCUAAGAAUUAGGACAGCCUCUUUAUCUUCGCUAACAUCUGCCGAUCAAGAAUGUAACCUCUUGCUUUCUUCUUCAGUCACGGAAGCUUCUGUGGCUUUUAAUGAAGCUGGUGAAGUGGCAGGUGUUCACAAAAUAAGGAUGAGCAAGUUAAAAGAGAUAGCAGCCAAUGAAAACACUCUCCUUUCUAAAUCUCUCAACAGUGGUUCCGAUAGCUGGUCAGCACAGGAUCAAGACAUAGUGCCUGUGCUCUUGCUAGAGCGGUACCAGACCAUGACUGACCCGGCCUUGGCACAAAAUUUGGACUCUGAAAUAGGGCGUCACUGUGCCCAUAGCCUACCUGCCGUGGCACUUACUCUUGGUCGCCAUUAUUGGCCUUGUUUACGAAUGACCUACCGCUGUUUAGUGUCUGAUGUACAGUGGAAGGUGCGACACAUUGUGGCAUCCUGCUUGCAUGAGCUAGCCACUAUCCUGGGCCCCCAAAUUGCUUCGCGGGACCUGGUGCCAAGCUUUGAGGGCUUUGUACGGGAUGUGGAUGAGGUGCGAGUGGGCCUCUUGGAGCGGCUUGCACCGUUUUUACGGGGUUUGAGCAGAGGAGACCAGCGUCGCUCAUUGCCUUUGUUAGCUGACUUCCUCUGCAUGGAUAACCAUCGCAACUGGCGCUUUCGCUUCACUCUUGCUCGGCAGUUGAAGGAGAUAGCUGCACUGUACUGUCCAUUGGAUAUUCAUCAGUACCUAGUCCCCAUUGUGAAUGACCUGCUGGUGGACAAAGUGGCUGAAGUGCGUCACAUGAGUAUUGAAGCUGUGGUGAUGUUUUUACAGCGGUUGGAGCCUCACUACCUCAUGUGCAAGCAGCUUCUGCAGGAAAUGUGUAUCAAAGUGCACGAUCGCAAAUGGUCUCAACGCCAAUUAUUUUGCGAAUUGGCUGAGCAGAUUGUGAAUGAAGAGUGCCUAAGUGAGGAUGAGUUCAUUGGAACUGUACUGCCAAAGCUGCUGUACCUGCGCAAUGACACUGUGCCCAACGUACGCAUGGCCCUUGCACGUUGUCUGGUCAGGAGCAUUUGGCCCAAGGCCUAUUUUUGGGACACUGGAAAUUUCUACAGGGACGAACUGAAGGCAACCCUGGCCAGUCUUCAAGAGGAUUUAGAUAGGGAUGUGCGCUUUUGUGCCCAGCCAUAUCCAAAAGACUCUGUGGACUGAAUUGAUUUAGGCAUUGUUUUCUUUCAUACCUCCUCUCCGGAAAUGUCACUAGCGGACCCUUGCAGUGAAGACAAUGGAGCUGUGAUAACACUCUUGGGGGGGAGGGACCUUGUUCUGUUUUAGGUGUUAUUUUAUUGUUGCUUGUGGAGCUGUAACACUGGUGAGGCAAGUAUUCAGUGCCAAUUUUGACAUUUUCGAACAAGUGGCAAGAGACGUUUAUGGAGCAUGCAUUCUUGGCUUUGAGUGCGCAAGCUUUCUAAUGGAAUGCCCAGCAAAAGCCUUUUGUGCAAUUCUGUACAGUUAUUUUAACCUUUUAGAUCUGCUUGGAAGUUUGCCUCUGUGCUUUUUCGGAAAUAAUUCAGGCCAUUUGUGACCUAAUGUAGCAUGCUGGGAGCCAACUAGUCCUCAAGGAUAAAGCAAAUGUUUGGGUUCCUAAAGCUGCUCUGGUUGUAGUCAGUGGUGCCCAUUGACAACUGAUCAUAUUUAAUGGCAAUACGAUUUGCAACAGGCACGGCCAAUUUUGUGCACUUUUGCACAAGAUUGUGCUAAUUACUGCCCCAAUCAAGUACAGUGUUGCCAACAAUUGAUGCCUAUUUGGGAUUGCUUUCCCUUCAACUUUUCUAUGAGCUGUUGCAGCACAUUAUCUGUGAUAUAUAUAUAUUAUAUAUAUGAAGAAAAGGGUUGGAGGGGUUGGUGAGAUGUCAUUCACAGGAUGCUUCGAACUUUUGUGCUGAAGUUUUGCAUUGCAGACCAUGUGAUAACUGGAGCAGUUGGAAUAUAUCUAUUUUUGUAUAAAAUGUUCACCUCUUAGUUUACCAUAAAUAAAAAUGUUUCCAUGAAA